UUGAAGGAUUUCGCCCGUAAACUUCAACGAGAUAUCAAACGUAUCAGCGAGAACAGAUUGGCAAUAAGCGAAGCACUUAGUGGAGGAAAACUAAAGCCUAAGCCGAUCGAUGUCCAAGUGAUUUCGCAUGAAAUGCAACGAUAUGCUGUCUGGUUUGGAGGGUCAAUGCUGGCUUCAACGCCAGCGUUUUACAAAGUUUCACACACAAAAGAAGAAUAUAUGGAAAGAGGUCCCUCAAUUUGUCGGCACGAUCCUGUUUUCGGAGCACUCACUUAA